UUGGCCACCAAUCUCACCUAUCAUCCCGCCAGAAAGCCAAGCAGAUCCGCAAUAUAUAUAGGACAAGAGCCAAGAUGGAACAUCCCCGACUACCGACCAUCGCUGCCGAAGCUAUGGGCGCUUUUUCAGAUUCUUGGAUACUCAGGGACUUUCCAUCUGAUCUCUGCAUCUCCAUCUAGAACAAGCUUGUGCAACAUCAAGAUCCGCAAAUCACUACUCACAAGAACGCUUCUAAACAUGCAUCCCCUCACCCUCUUCGUCGCCGCCCUCCCGCUGGCAACCCAAGCCAACGCAGCCCUCCAGCGCGUCACAAACUUCGGCUCAAACCCAACAGGUCUGACAAUGGACAUCUCCGUGCCCCCAAACCUGUCCGCCUCCCCCGCCAUCAUCCUCGCUCUUCACGGCUGCGGCGGCUCCGGCGCGGCCUAUAGCCGGCAGGCAGAGUACAUUCCCUUGUCGGACGCGAAGGGCACCUUUGUCGUGAUCUACCCGUCUUCCUCCCGCGACUUCAACUGCUGGGACGUCGCCACAACCGCCAGCCUAACCCGCGACGGCGGCGGCGACUCCACGGGGCUAGCCAACAUGAUCCGCUACACCAUCGCCCAGUACGGCGCCGACCCGAAGCGCGUCUUCGUCACAGGCAGCUCGUCGGGCUGCAUGAUGACCAACGUGCUGACGGCCACGUACCCGGACCUCUUCGCCGCCACCUCGUGCUACUCGGGCGUCGCGGCGGGUUGUCUGGCGGGCUCGCCCGGCUCGAGCCCCAUCAGCGCCGAUCCCACGUGCGCCAAUGGGCUGGUCGUGAAGACGGGCGAGCAGUGGGCCGCGCAGGUGCGCGCCAUGUAUCCCGGCUACAACGGGAGCUACCCGCGCGUGCAGACGUUCCACGGCACGGCGGACUCCCUUGUCAAGUAUCCCAACUUGGCUGAGCAGCUCAAGGAGUGGUCUACCAUCCACGGUGUGAGCUUUGCGAAGAACAACACCAACACGCCCAUCAGUGGAUACACGCAAAUAAUUUACGGAGACGGCACUAAGCUCGUGGGAUACUCUGCGCAAGGUGUUGGACACACUGUUCCGGUUCAGGAGGAUCAGGACUUGAAGUGGUUCGGCUUAUGA